GCUUGCGAUUGGUGGAUGUAAGUCCCCGCGUUAUUUUACCUGCUAGCAGAUGUCAUCAGGGCCGAGGAAAGUGGAAGAGAUUUGAUUGGUUGGAAGGUAGAGGAAGAAGAACCCCCAAGUGUCAUCACUCAUGUGUGUGAUCUGCCCCCGGCUACUACACAAGCUGACUUAUUCUCAGGAACGCUGCCAUAUAACCCACCAUGAAAGACGAGAUAAGCGCCGCCACACUCUUCUUAUCCAAACUUGUAAGGGGAAGUGCCAAAGUGACAGACGACGCCAUGUCCAAGUUUGAGAAGAGGCUGAAGGAGUUGUUAGAGGAACGAUAUAGGAACCACUGGCAUCCUGAGCGACCUUGGCAGGGCCAGGGCUAUCGUUGUUUAAGAAUGAACAAUAAUACGAGGAAAGAACCAACCAUAGAACAAGCUGCGAGAGACUGCGGCCUCAAGUACAACGAUCUGAAACUGCCAGUGGAACUGACAAUAUGGGUGGACCCGGAGGAAGUUUGCUGCAGGUUUGGUGAGCAGAAGGGGUCGUGCUUUACCAUCGCCUCUUUUGGGGACAGCUCCAAGGAGAACUCCAUGGAGAGUCUUGACCUGGACCAGAUACAACGGCCAAACUCAACACCGUCUGGCAUGUUAAAGUCAGUAGAUGUGUUGAAGGAGAGAAACGUGGACUCGUGCAAUGUACAAAGUCCUCCCUCCAGCACACAGUCCACCCCAGCCAAGUCAUACUCCAGGUACGGUAAGAAAGACCAAACUUCGCCCACCAGAAGUACCUCCGAUGGCAACACUGAGAAUAGAAGCGGGUUUAUCAAUUACCAGAAUCAACACAACUAUUGUUUCAUGAGCAAUCCCAACAAUCUCCAUCAAAAGGGAUACCAUUCUCCGCCCUACUACAGGAAUCGCCAGUGUCCCGAACUACCUCUGCAAUUUUUUUGUACCACCUACGUGUACCAGUCGACCACUCCCCCACACUACGUCCACUCUCAGAUGCCUCCGCCUGUCUCCUGCUCCCCCCCAAACGUGGCCCCGCGCAAGUUAUCGAGGAACGCCAACAGCUACACGCACAAGAACAAGCCUAAGUGGUUUGGCCAUAGAGUGAUGACAAAAGUUUGAAAGUGUACAUAUUACUACAGGGGCACUUGGGAGUUUUUUAUAAACAUGGUGUACAGUAGUCUGAUUUAGCUUAUGUACCAACUUGGUUAACACACCCUUAAUGUGAUAGAUUUAGCAUUAUAUAUAUAUUCAAAUUGUUAACUUUUUUCCCCAGUUCACCGUAGGUUGAUCUCAAUAGAAUUAAUGUCCUUAACAUUUUGUGGUAGAUUAUGCUAACCCGGUGAUAUGAUGGUACAGUGUAACACACUACAGUAUAUAAUGGGUUAAAUUUAUAUGAUCUCUUUAAGUGCCCCUUGUGAUGUGGCCCACUGAGGAAGAUGCCUGUGUGUUAUAGAGGAAGAUGCCUGUGUGUUAUAGAGGAAGGUGCCUGUGUGUGUUCUGGUGGAGGAUGCCUUGAGCAAAUUCAAAAUGAAAUCUCCUUAUUAGUGAAGAGAAUAUAUAAUAAAUAUGGUGGUGCUGUUCAAGGUUGACACAGUACAGUACAGGACCACUUACUGACCCACACGGAUCAUUGAGUGACAUAUGGUGCUCUAAUCUUGAGGCUUUAAAAUACAUUAACUAUUUGGAUGAUUUCCAAAACCUGAAGAGGACGUAGGAAUGUAUAGUAUUAUCAUAGGGGGAAGCUCUAGCCUCUGGUAGGUGUCCACAACUGCAGAAAGUUGCAGUGUAUAAAUGUUGUUAGGACACUUCCCACCAAGUGCCUGAGAUGCUUCAGAACCUUUGCUUAAUACUUUAUUUGUAAGAUGUGCUUUGAUAAGGAAAGUUUUAAUUUGAAGGUGCUCGAGUGUCCGCUUAACUGUGAUUCCAUUGUCGGCUGACCCCUAUUUUAAAGUUCAAAAGUUCAAAGGAAUAUGAGUGAGGCAAAUCCCUUGUUGGUCCUCCAGUCUCUCUCUCUCUUAGUUAGUACAGUACCUGCAAGUUUAGCUCCACGAAUAAGUUUUUAUUAUUUUUCUCACUAAUUAGAAGAUUUAAGUUGUUCUUGUUGUUACCUCAGAGAAAAUGGACCUGUCCACUAGUUGGGAGGGGGGAGACUUCUCUUCUGUGUCCUCCUUUUUAUUGAAACUUAGAACUAAAGUAACUUUAUUUUAUGGAUAUUCUCAGGAGUUUGUGCACAAAUAUAUGCUUGUGAUGUCUUCUGUCACAUGAGGAGACAGUGUGGAGGAAACUUAAUAUUUUCAGAUGUGUGUGGAGACAUGUGUGGUGAGGUACAGUGUGUGAAGACAUGUGUGGUGAGGUACAGUGUGUGGAGACAUGUGUGGUGAGGUACAGUGUGUGGAGACAGACAUGUGUGGUGAGGUACAGUAUGUGGAGACGUGUGUGGUGAGGUACAAUGUGUUGAGACGCGUGUGUGAUGAGGUACAGUGUGUGGUGAGGUAAAGUAUGUGGAGACGUGUGUGGUGAGGUAAAGUAUGUGGAGACGUGUGUGGUGAGGUACAAUGUGUGGAGACGUGUGUGUGGUGAGGUACAAUGUGUGGAGACGUGUGUGGUGAGGUACAAUGUGUGGAGACGUGUGUGUGUGUGAUUCACCAGAGUGAUAACUGUCCCAGAAAAUUUACAUAUAGUUGAGGGACAUUAUAGAAAGUUGGUCAUUUAUCACAUGUACGGUGUAGACGGUGGCAGAAAGCUGUCACCCGUCAAGCUGUAAGUGUGUGUGGGAGUUAGCGGCUCUCGUGGUUUCAUCCUUCACAAUCAAAUGUAGUCAAAAUACUACAGCAUUUUUAUUCAAUCUUUUUUUUUAUAUAUGAAGGGUGAUGUAACUUUUCCAGGUCAGGUAAACAAUAGUAUCCAGCCAGUUAAGUACAUACUUCUCAUAUGAUCAGACAGAAUGGGUUGAUAAGUUAAUUUCUCCUCAUAUUAACAUUCAUACAAGUAUAUUAAGUUAAUUUUGACUCAUAUUAACAUUCAUAUUAUUACUUUAAGUUAAUUUCUCCUCAUAUUAUCCUACAAGGAUCAUUAAGUUGGUUGAUAAUAUUAAUUUGAAUUGAUAAAAAAUAAUAAUUCUAGGAUAAACUGUACAUAAAAAGAAUUCCACUAAUAUUUUGCCAUUACUACACAUAUUAUUAUCAAACUAUAAUUUAAUAAGGCUGUACAUAAGGCUACAAUAAAGAGAGUAUCAUUACAAGAAGGGUAAACAGAGUUUUAUAAGUCAAUUUGGGUGAAGAGUUACUGAUUUGACUGUAGUUUUUUUUUUACAUGUGUUCGAGGCUUUUUUGUUUUCUUCGUUUUCUUCCCCCUUUUUUUUAUAUAUUAUAUUGCUGUUGCUGCUUAUUAACACUACAUGUAUAUACUGUAUGCGGGUCUUCAGAUGUGUUUUGGCCUGCCCGAGCCUAACUUAACUUAACUAACUUUCCAAUCCUCUCCUAACUUAAUUUACUCUUCCCAGCCCAAACCUAACUUAGCCUAACCUAACCUACACUACCUUAGUGUACCCUACAGUACCCUAACCUACCUCAUUUUUAAGCAGUGGCCCUGACUGUAAAGAUUAGGUUAGGGUAGGUAGGAGUGUAUAUGACUUAGACUCCAGAGUUCAGUAUCACUUUGCUAUUCCUGCCGAUGUUGCUCCCAACGUCACGAACAAGACACAUUACUCACUGACAUUCGUGACGUUGCUCCCAUAAUCACGAACAAGACAGACUACUUUAUGCUCAGGUUAUCUCGCCGACGAUUGAGGUUCUACACUAGUUAGUACAACUUAACAUGUUAAGUGAAGUUAUUUUUUAUCGAGUUUUGUAUACCGUAAUAUUAGUCUUUCUGGUGUUACCCGUGGUUCACCAACUUGGAUGUGAUGCUCGUUCAGUCAUAAUCGGAAGUUUUUUUUUUUAUGUGUUGUUCCUCGUUGAGUUGUGUGAUUAUGUUGAUAUGUUAAAGACCGAACCGCGGUGUAAGGUAUGUCGUAGUGCGGUCAUCCAUUGUACCAAGACAUAUUUUACCGUAGAUUAUGGGCGUAGUGUAAUAUUUUUCUAAAGAGGCUAUAAGUUAGGUGUAGGCUAAUGCAAAACACUCUUAAAUCUGCGGUGCAUAACAAACAUUUACCGUCCAGGCCUUUCUUUUAUACUCUGGGGUCGAGACUCACGGAUUUGUCGUCUCAUAGAAUUAAAGAAAAUGUAAUAAUAGUUCCGUAUUCCCUUGUUUGUGUGCAGUGAAUUAUUGGUGUAAAGUUUCAUGUCGGUAUAUUCGUGAUUUGUUGAGUACAUGUGAUCGUAAUUAUGUAAGGUGCGAGGAUUAAAUAUGAUCUCGGUUUAAGGGUGUGUUGCUGGGCAUAUUCUCAAGAGUAUGUUUCUAGGUCUGUUCUCAAGAGUGUGUUGCUGGGCAUAUUCUCAAGAGUAUGUUUCUAGGCCUAUUCUCAAGAGUGUGUUGCUGAGCAUAUUCUCAAGAGUAUGUUGCUAGGCAUAUUCUCAAGAGUGUGUUGCAAGGCCUAUUCAUAAGAGUGUGUCGUCGAGCAUUAAAUAUUCCAUCGUGUGACGUAAAUCGACGGAGUUAGCAGAUAAACUGGCAGAGAAUAUUCCCUAUGACGUAGUGGUGACUGGCUGUUGAGGUUUGCCCUUACCUCCUCACCCCAGACAUAAUGUGUUCUCGUCCUCAGUCUGUAGAUCGCCAAAUUAACCCAUGCCUCGACUAAUCGUCCGGUGAGUGUUAUUAGAAUAGUAAUCGUGGGUUGUUUUCAUUAGUAUACGUUCAUAGACUUGCAGUAUUUCUCUUGUGAUUAUUUAUUACGAGAGUUCCUUUGUCGAUGCAUUUCCAGAUCAUUUAUUUAUUAUUUUUUUUUUCAAGUAGUGUGGUCCCUGGUGUAAAGUAAUGGGGUUCCUGGUGUAGUGUGGUCCCUGGUGUAAAGUAAUGGGGCCCCUGGUGUAGUGUGGUCCCUGGUGUAAAGUAAUGGGGUCCCUGGUGUAAAGUAAUGGGGUCCCUGGUGUAAAGUAAUGGGGUCCCUGGUGUAAAGUAAUGGGGUCACUGGUGUAAAGUAAUGGGGUCACUGGUGUAAAGUAAUGGGGUCCCUGGUGUAGUGUGGUCCCUGGUAUAAACUAAAGUAAUGUGGUCACUGGUCAUAUCUUCUCUUGCCUUAGUCUCUACACAGCUUGAAGGAACCGGCCAAUUAUUGAACACUAGAAUUACAAAUGACAGUACAAGUUGACAUACAUACAUACAUACAUGCAUACAUACAUACAUACAUACAUAUAUACAUUGUGUUGUGUAUAUAUGGCACUAGACGGGGGUUAGUUAGGACUGGUUUUAAGAGAAUUUAUUUAUUUAUAUUCAGGAUUGUAAGGUUUAGGAAAUAAAGAGAAUUUUCAAAACAGUAAAUGAA